UUUGUGUACAGUCGUGCUUUACAGUGGUGGUCCUGUAGAGAGCGGUAGAUAGUUUUAAUAAGUGGUUACACAGCAGAGCGCUCCCCUUACUGUACUGUGCAUAAGCGGAGGGAGGAGCGAGCGUGUAGUAUUGAUUUUUUAGGUUCUUUCCCUCCUGUCGUUGCAGCCCGUCCAAACGCAACUGGAAGGCAGCAAAAAGGGGAACAAACUCCUCAUUUCCACGCAAAAGCUUUGCAGGAAGGAGCUCGGGGAGCUGUGGGAAGAGGGAGAUAUAUAGAUAGUACGAGGCGCCGCAGCUUAGAGGAGGACUGGGCACGGAGUGAGGGGACUCAGCGCUGCCGCUACACUUGUGCAGAAACCGGAGGAGCCCCGCUGACUUUCUCCCGCUUCAUUUCCGCCUUAAUGCCACAAUAUCCAACCGAAACUGGUGUCCAGACCGCGUGGGAGUAACCGACGAAUUCCAUGAGACGUACGUUGGGAUAAAGGCUGGGAUCAAAAAGAAACGACACUGAAGUGAAGACACCUGACCACCAAGGUAAUUCCAACAUUCUCCAUACGCUCAUGCAUGCAGCAGUGGGAGACGACUGUAGAGGCAUGCCUGAGGGAUGUGGUCAGGAGAGGCCUGUGUUUUAUGGAACAUACUGUACUAAGCUGCACUGCUGCAGUAAAGGUGCUAUAAAUAGAAGGUGCUGAUAAAGAAAAAGAAGAAAAGGGGACUCACCAAACCAGUUCCUGUUUGAACACUCGGCCAGGGGCCAAAGGAUCAGGCUAAGCUAAAACCAACACUGGCAUAUAAAAGUGUGUAACCAAGAAGGACAGGGCAGGGACAACGCAUGAGGCCUGGGAAGAUCAUUAACUGCACACAAACACACACAAUAUAACUGGCUGGAUCCUACUCCAUCCUCCGUAUCCCUGAGACUGAUAUCCACCUCCAGCCCCGGACCCCGGGCCUGUUGAUAUACACCAACAAGACCUCCAACAUCUUCCAUAUCUCCAUUUUCACACCAAGCUGCACCACUCCAACCUCACAGGGGGUUGAUUCCUUCUGAAGACCCCCUUCCUCCCAAAACCCCAGGGACGGGACCCUGUCAUGUUUCACUGACUGACCCCUCCCGACCGGCGAAUGACAAGUGUGCAUCCGAGGGUGGGGCUUGCCUCAGUCUCUCAUGAUUGGCUGCUGGAUGGAAUUAAGGUGAAUGGAACACGUUCCUGAGGAGCAAGACCCUAACCCAUCAGAGGGAGAAGAGAAACGGUGGCUCAAUGGCCCGAAAAGGAAGAGGAAAAACAGCCAAUGUUCGGUGAAGAGUAUGACUGGGUACAUUCCCAGCUACCUCGAAAAGGAUGAGCCAUGUGUGGUGUGUGGUGACAAGGCAACAGGUUACCACUACCGCUGCAUUACCUGCGAGGGCUGUAAGGGUUUCUUCCGUAGGACCAUUCAGAAGAACCUUCACCCAGCCUACUCCUGUAAGUACGAUGGCUGCUGCGUCAUCGACAAGAUUACCCGCAACCAGUGUCAGCUCUGUCGCUUCAAGAAGUGCAUUGCAGUGGGCAUGGCCAUGGACUUGGUACUGGAUGACUCAAAGCGGGUGGCUAAACGGCGCCUGAUUGAGGAGAACAGGGAGCGACGCAAGAAGGAGGAAAUGGUGAAAACGCUCCAGAACCGUCCAGAGCCCACGGGGUCCGAGUGGGAGCUGAUCCGCAUGGUGACAGAGGCCCACCGACACACCAAUGCUCAGGGCGCCCAGUGGAAACAGAAGCGCAAAUUCCUGCCAGACAAAAUCGGCCAGUCUCCAGUUGCGCCCACGUCAGACGGAGACAAGGUGGACUUGGAAGCCUUCAGUGAGUUCACCAAGAUCAUCACUCCUGCCAUCACCCGUGUCGUCGACUUUGCCAAAAAACUGCCCAUGUUCUCUGAGCUACCUUGUGAAGACCAGAUCAUCCUGUUGAAGGGCUGCUGCAUGGAGAUCAUGUCACUGCGAGCUGCCAUGCGUUACGACCCAGAGAGUGAGACGCUAACGUUGAGCGGGGAGAUGGCUGUGAAGCGUGAGCAACUGAAGAACGGCGGCCUGGGGGUGGUGUCGGACGCCAUCUUCGAUCUGGGCAAGAGCCUGGCACAGUUCAACCUGGACGACACAGAGGUGGCGCUGUUGCAGGCUGUGCUGCUCAUGAGCUCAGACCGUUCUGGACUAACCUGCAUGGACAAAAUCGAGAAGUGCCAGGAGACCUACCUGCUGGCGUUUGAGCACUACAUCAACUACCGCAAGCACAACAUUCCCCACUUCUGGCCGAAGCUCCUGAUGAAAGUGACAGACCUGCGGAUGAUCGGGGCGUGCCACGCCAGCCGCUUCCUUCACAUGAAGGUGGAGUGUCCCAACGAACUCUUCCCUCCGCUCUUCCUGGAGGUCUUCGAGGAUCAGGAAGUGUGAAGUUGCCACCACUGAAAGGGAAGAGGAAUUUGGGGCAAACUGGGAGAUGGGAAAGGCCAUCAUUUUUAUAGGGGAAGGAUGGAGGGAGAGUCCUCUCGGCAGGAAUCUGCAUUUCUCCGACAUUUACAGUAUGUGGUUUAAAAACUGGAACCAACAGUAACAGAAACGACACACCAGCAACAGGAGAGUCAAGCAAACAGAGGAUUUUGUUUUUGGAACACCUUCUCCACCUCUUUCUCCUCCUUAUACGUACCCCUGUUUUAAAAUCUGUGUGGGGGCCCUUCUGUCUGAGCAUGAUGUCUUAUCUAGUAAGAGUUGUAGCCAUUUGCCAAGACACUUACACAGAUACACACAACACACACACACACACACACACACACAUACACACACAGCCACAGCCUGUUCCACCUCAGUUCUUCAGAGCAGAGCUCUUUACGGGGGUCCGUUCCCCCUCUCUGGUUCUUUUUAGCAGUCACAGAUUUACACAUUUGAAGCCCAUGUUUCCAGCUCUCUUGCUGGCCAGCACCUCUCAGUAUUAUUUCUGAAUAAAUGUUACAGCAGUAAUUCAGAUAAUAUGGACAUCAGUGACAUAUUAUUGCUUACAGUCAUGCAGGCACACACAAUCAGCAAACACUGCACAUUGAAAAUUCUGCAGCUGCUUUAAGCAUUAUUCUGGUGCAUAAUGGCUGUAGUAAAGCAGUGCUACCAGAUCUAGUUUAUAAUUAAUUCAACUCAAUCUGAGCCGUUACAGCAGUUUUUGGAGCUUCUUCUUCUUAGAUCACAGUGAAACCGGUGCUAUAUUUAUAUAAGGCUACUCCAGUUUUAUGAAAUUGUGUUGUCUACCUACCUACCUAAAAACAUGCAGACCAUGGCUCCAUAUCUACCUUCAUUUGUGUCAUUGGACCGGCUCCUGUGACAUACAGUGCGCGCGCACACACACACACACACACACACACACACAAAGAGACACACAUUUGAGCAGACUUGCCUUGUCAUUGCCUGUGCUGCUUGUGCCAGCAGCCUACCGUCGUAUGAAUGACAAUUAAGCCCUUCUUCCCCCAAGGAGUUACCGCAUUGAAGGGAGGGAGAAAAAAAAGGGGGGUGGAGGAAGGGAGACGCUUGGAUGGGAUAUGAGGGAGGAGCAGAGAUAGAGAGAAGAAACAAGAUCUAAUAGCUGGACUGUAGAUUCAGAGCCAGGGGUCAGAAGUAAAUCUCCCACAUGCAGCCUCCAAGGAGGUUUUGAAUAGCAGCAACCACCAGCAAGACAGCAAAGCUCAUCUUACACACACACACACACACACACACACUCUCUCUCUCUCUCUCCCCCUCUCUCUCUCCCUCUGUCUCACAUAAACACACAUCACCUCAGAGUAACGUGAAUGCCUCAUUUUACUGUAUGCACUGUGCGGCAGUGUUGUGAUAUACAGCCCUAACCUGCAGGGUUUGUUCAGAGUCCUCUCCUCACGGACUCAGCUCAGUGUGGCCCCUCCAGGCUUCCAUACACAUUAGCCUUUUUUUUACCAUGGGCGUCACUGAGAGCAGGCAAAUGCCAAGAAGGCUACCAUUUACCUCAAAGUGGAUACACCCCCAGGCUGGGGCAGCAAUACUGCCCCUGUGGUGUCAGGCACUACCUCACCUCUGUGGACACAGGGCAGCUGCCCACAGCCUACACACAGACAUACACCAUUCAACCAUGCAUGUAUAGAUAAACACGCAAAUAUGUAUAAUUUUUGCGUAGGUGCACACUUGUAGUCAUGGAAAGACAAAACACUCACAACACACACACAUACACACCCUCAGUGCUAUCACUUGGUUGAAAUGAAAUACCACUGAAGACAGGAGGGCCAGCCAUCCCCCUGGAAGGUUUUACUGACUCCAGGGAAUGGUACCCAUUACAUUCGGGUUAUCUCUUUUUGUUAUAUGGGACCAAGUGUCAUCUUUUGAAAUUGGGAAUUACCUGCUUCUGUCAAAACAGAAAUCGACUCACAGAAGCAAUGGAGGACAAUGUGGAUGUGCAGCCCAGCUGACUGAGUAGCAAGAUGAUUGAUGACAUAGAGUAACAGAAAACCCGUGGUGGCCACGCCCGUUGAAUUAGCAUACACGGAAAGGGCAGUUUCCUCCUGCCAUAGGAUCUUGAUGAUUAUUUUAAUGGAAAUACACUUUCUCUUCAGAGGCACCUCAAAAGUUCUUUAAGUCUCAUGCACGUUACCAAUGCUCACCACUAUAAAAAGUAAUAUCUCACUGCAAACAUCCAUGGCAGAUAUGACGAGGUACUAGCCAAAUGACUAUUCAAAAAUGUUGAUUUAAUUAUUAAAAGCCCACUCUAUUCAUUCUAAUUCUGGGGCCAAGCCAGAUUUAACCACUCUUACAAGGAGAGAAUGAAAGAAACUAAGAAUAUCUAUUAUAUUCAAUGCCAAGCAGUUGUUCAUACUAGGCACUUAUACAGGAUUGGUACACCCCCAAGAACAAUCUAAGCAGAGCAACGUGUGGCAGGGAUCAUGGGUAAUCAUCACAGAUGGCCAAGCCUCACUGCUUCAACUUCUGAAGCAAUGCCUCGAGGAGGGAGGAGAGAGGAACUGGAACGCCUCCUUUGCCACAAUGGUGGAGUCUGGUCUGACUCCAACCCCCUUCACAGGCAUCAUCACCACUUCCAGAGAUCCAAAUGCCCUACCCUACCCUCGCCCAUGAGAAUGCCCUUUCUGGAGCCCAGCUCAGAUUUAAUCACACCCCAUCACCGUUAUAAGAGCGCCCACCCAGCCAGGCUGGUGGGAGAUUUUGCACUACCGCAGCAGUCCUCCCUUUAGCCCCUUACUCAUCAAAGUUUGUUUUUUGGGGGUGUGGGGUCCUCAUGGACACCGAGGGUCUUUGGACAGAGUGUUAAUAUGCUGUACAGAUUUUAAAUUGUAAUUUGUUAUAUUGGGCUACAUAAAUACAAUUGAGUUGACUUGAGUUUAACCAACACCCCUUGUUGGAUGACAUUAAUUUCAAUGCUGCUCUGUGUAAAACAGCAGUUUUGGAGUUGUGGCUGCUCUGUGUAACAGAGGCUGGCAGUUGCAGUGGGCUCAGUCCCAAACCUGUCCCGUUGUCAGUAUUAGACCAACAGCACAUGACCCUCACCCCUUUACCAGCCCAACCUGGGGUGGAGAGAGAUCCCUGAGUAGGAGGGCUGUGUAGCACUUACUCAUUCUCCCUGUAGUAAUCAUUUUCCCAUCAUCCUUCCUAUAGCGGAGUCAGCCCAGUGACUUUUCAAAUUCAGAGCCCUCCUCCAAACAGCCUCCCUUCCAUCAUCAUCAUCAUCAUCUCUCCCCUUCUCCUCUUCGCUAAGCACCCAAAUACAUCGUACCUAUUCAGUGCUGAGUGGGAUGCCCCCAGUUUGGCCCAGAAUCAUUUACAUCAAACGGGAUCCAGGCCUCUCCUUGUCAGACAAGGAUGGCCAUAACUGCCCUUUAGUGUGGCUCCAACGGAUGAAUGUGAACGGAUAUGCAGCACCGAUGGGAACAAGAGACUUGAGCGUGAGAAUGUUAGGAUGUGAGAGAAGAAGAAAGCAUGGGACAGGAAACAAAAAGCUGAGGGCCUCAACCCUCACUACCAUCAUUGAAAUGGGUGAAAGAAGGCAAUGUGGCCUGUUGUAGAGACAAUGUUAACAAACAUUCAGAGGAAGGGGAGACGGAGAUGUACGAAUAUGUACAGUCUCCCCUUCUGUUCCCUCAACAACACCAUAUGAGCCCCUGCUCCGACGCAAGCUGACAACCCCAAAUCUAACCCUCAGCUCCCUCCAAAAGGAUAACCUCCAACUUUCAAAUGGUGAGGAUCAGAAAGAGAUCCUGCAUUCUAGAGAUGCAGGUUUGGAAUUCCAACACAUCUUUGUAAAAGAACUGAAAAAGAGAAAAAAAUCCCUAUUGAUGUCCUUUGUUCUCGUGAGCUGACUGGGUAUGUGUGUGUGACAGAAGGGGUUAUAAUGCUGCUUUACCUUCUGAGUCUGAUUUAGAUUAAGAAAAACAGAUAUAUGAAAUGAUUAUAAAUCCAUAAAACAAAAUGAAAAGAAAUGACUUUUUAAAAAAAGACUCCUGAACAAAAUUAUUGGAGAUUUUUUCAUUUUAUCAUUGUUUUCUUAUUUUUCUGGGUUUUUUUAUGCUUAAACUGCUCUGUGUAAAAAACAAAAAAAAAACAGCUGUAGUCACUUUUUGACCAUGCGUGCAGUGUAACAUAGAAAAUAUUUCACUUCUUUUUCACAUUUGUUGUUUGUGUUGUUAAGCCAACUGAUCUGUUUGUCUGUGUGUCUGUUCAGCUGUCCGUCCCCUUUUAUCAGGAGGAAUUUACAACCAACAAAACAGGAAUUUCUUUUUUAUAUUUUGUUUCUUUUUUAUGAAAUUACAACUUCGGAGAAGAGAAAAAAAAACUAAACAGGAAAAAUAAUGCAACAGAAACUGAAAAUACAAAAAAAACCCUGAAACAAUCUUGUCAUACCUCACACAACACAAAACUCAAAGGAACUUGGGAGGAGUCAUAUUUUGCAGGCACAUGUGAAAGUUCAGAGAUGCAUAUAUAGAUUUAAAAAAUAUGUGUAUGUUAAGAUAAUAUGUGCUCUUGUGUACGCAUCAGUAGAAGUUACAAAAGAACUCUUCCCUCAAGCUUUUGUGCUUUCUAUCUUAUUGAUUUGGUUCUCAGAUGACGGGAGAUGCAACACAAACAUGAGAAGACAUUAGAGAUCAUCUGCUAAUGUGAGCACUUAUCCAACUUAAAGGCACAGUCUGUAGACAGUAAACUCAAACUGUGAAAGGCCCAGAGACUGAGGGAUUAUAACUUUUGUAAUGGCUGAGUGUUUUAUGGUAUUGAAUGUAGCUGACAGGAGGGGGCUGGACCUGAGCCCGGCACCCACAACCUAACUUCCACGCACCAGCAGAAAGCAUAGUGGUGUCACAUAGACGUUACAAACAACCAACAAAACUGAGAAUAUAUAUUGCCCAUCUGCAAGGUGCAAUACUAUGUUAUGUAUUUUUAUAUGUUCUCUGUUUUGAUUUGAUUUUAAUUUCAUUUACAUUACAUUUAUUUUGACCAUAACCAAGGAUGUAAAUACAAAAACGUACACACUCAAGAUUUAUUGCAACAAAGUAAAUUUAACUGUUUCAUCCCGAUGUCAUGUAAGAGGGAAAAAAGAAAAGUAAUGUGUAAUGCUUCAUAUAUUUGUAUGUGUGCACUCUCUCACAUGUGCAUGCUGAUCCAUAGUCAGAAGUGCCCCGUGACAGUAAUCAUAAACUCUGUGCCUCUUCUUGUUUGCAAAGAGAUAGAUUCGUACCCCUCAUGUUCUCACAACAAAUAACACGCUACACAUGAAUGCCUGUAGUUGUGUGUAUGUUCAUCUGUGGAAUUGGAUGCAGUUCUUCCAAACUAUUGAUGUGAGUGUUACCAGCAGGCACAAAGGCUGAAGGUUAGGGGGCAGCAGGGUUGUUUUGUUUAGUAAAGUGGGAGGUGGGAAAGGGAGAGCGAUAUUAAUAAGUAAGUUCUUAUUUGGUUUAAAUGUCAGCUAACCUGGCUGCAACACAUUCACAUCAUUUUUGGAAGCUCAAAAUGAACUUCUCCAUAUGUUCGCCGCUGCAUUGCCUCCCAUAAGCCAGCCUAAAAGUCUUGCAAGAUCAAUUUUCGAUGUCAAGAAAAGGAUUAAGCAUAAUCAAGGACCAGUUUACAACCAGGACUGGUGCAUACCCCAUUUACCCUUUCAUUUCAAGCGCCUUGUAUCCAGACAAAAUCCAGAUGCAAUUUAAGAUAUUGUCAUUUACACUGAUGUUGAAGUUGCAACACAAAGAAUUAGCAACAGCUGGCUACCUAAGUUUUGAAAUGGACGACAGCUACUUGAGGUGACUAUAGAUAGGGUACUGAUGUAGUUACAUUUGGGAGGAGUAGAUAUUACGUAUAAAUCUACACCUUUUAAAAAUCAGGCUACAAUACUUCUCAAACCACCUCCCCAGCUGGUAUGAGCAAUCAGAUUUAAAUCCAUCUUGAAUGCUUCUUGGAUGCAUUUACACUUGACUUUUUUGAGAUCCAAUACUUAUCUGGUCUGCCCAAGACACAUGAAGUGAAGUGUAAAUGGAGUCUUAGAUGAGGGGGACAAUUUGAUCUGACUGAAAUAAUUUUGGUUUGUGAUGACACCCCUAACUCAAGCUAAUUGCAUUUGCCAGUUCACAACAAGCAAACUGAGGAUUUCAAGGCUGGCUUUGCGGGGCUUCCAAGCCCAUCCCUCCAUAGAUAUUAUGAUCCUGGUUUAUUCUCACAUUUUGACACAUUGGACAAGGGUGGAGACUGUCUAUUUUUUUUGGUUUUAUGGUUGUGUUUGGUCACCCCCCUAUGCCAAAUGUAGAGUUUGUGAAGACAUGCAAGUAGCAAGAUGUCUAUGCAAUUUCCCUCCAGCUCCCUUCAAAAGACAAGCUCCCUUUGAAAGACAAGCAAGAUGUGCUCGUUGUAACAACAACGAGCACAUCUCAAUUAGGAAAUCAAAUUCGGCCUGGCUUGAAUUCCAGAGGUUCUUUGCGUGACCUACAGACCCUUGCUACUUUGUGUGGGUGAGAGUCAGGACUUCCUGGGUGAGCUGGCCUUAAGCCCAACUGACUGGCUGGUCCUCUGGGUCAAUAACUCUUCACAGUAGUCCAAGUCUCAGAGAGCAAGUAGGAGGUGUUCUGGGGAUGUUGUGGAGAAAAAGGAUUCAACGACAUGUGCUGUUUUUUGUAAACUGCUCAGAAAGUGGUGUAUGUUUAUGUAUAUGUGUGUUGUUGGGAAGUUUGGGUACUACUUAAUGUCUACUUGAUGCAAUGCUCUCAUUGUUUGGUGGGUUGAUCAUUAAGGCCACAAAGCCUUGAAUUCCAAGAUUUAGACAAGCCCCUAAAUUCAAUUCUUCUGCAAUAUGCGUGUGAAGCUUUAUUAUGUCCUGUAACCAAGUUAAUGUAGUGUUAAAGAUGAUUCUGGGUGGUCUGUACAUAGCAUAAGCAUGUUUACUUAACUCAUUACCUCUGCUUUUGAGCCAAGAGGAAGGAUUUGAGCUGAUUUACAAUAUCUAAUCUUUAAAAAAAAAACAGUCUACUUCAUCCCACUGAGAUGAACAGCUUCAACCUGCUGACCAUCGGCUGUACUUGAGCACUUAAUUAAAAUGCUCUUUGAAUUGCCCAAACCAACCCACACUAAAAUUAUAAAUUGCACCCUAGCCAGUAGCCUUUUCCACCAUUUAAUGUUUUUAAAUUGGUUUAACCAGAAAAUAAACGGAGUUGCAGGCUUUAGGCAAAGACAGUUAAUGACUAAUUAUAAAGUUUACAAUUAUUUUUUAAUGAAGUGCAAUAAGUGAUUGAGUGAACCUUUUGGCGCAUUUCUAGUUUCAUCAGAUCUUAUUUAUACAUUUGAGGGGAAAUAAUAAUGUCAUGAUUGCUUUUUAAAUGCACCCACCCGUGAGAGCAUCAGCUAGACCCACUCCAGAUACACACACGUACACACACAAACACAGACCACGUUUUGUGACUGGGUAAAGGAAGCUAUUGAAGGAUUCUCUCAGGUAAAAGAACAUUUUCUAAUAAAUGAUGAUGAACCUUAGAUGAAA